CCAGCAGGAAGCCUCACUUUUCGGAUCCUAUGGGAAUUUUGAUAACUGCGGUUUUUCUUUGGGCUGCUGUCGGAGUGGGAUGCCGGCCAGUAACCUCACCCCUUAAUGAUGCAAAGGUUGAAUGUAUUAUUCAGGAGACGCUGAAUGGAGACGGGCCACAACAUGAGUGUGGCCCUCAGCUGGCAGAGGAACUUGAUGAAGUGCAAAGACACCAGGGUCUGCUCAAGGAACUGCAGAGGCUGGCUGAUGAUGAGAGAGAUAACGAGAGAGAGGACGAGGAGGAGAGAUACGAGUACAAUCUGGCCGAUGACGAGAGCGACUUUGAGCAGAGGGAUGAGGAGGCAAAGGAGGAGAGCGACAUGACCAAGACAGAGGAAAAGAAGGAAGACGGGACAGAGGAUGAUGACACCAAGGAGAAGAUGAUCGAGGAGCCAAGGAUCGAAGACAGAGGGAGGGACGAAGAGGAGGAAAGAGCUAAAGAGCUUGAGGAGCUGCUAGCUGAGGAGAUAACCAAGAAAGGGAAAGAGGAGAAGAAUGAUGAGGAGCUCAAAGAGCUGCUGAAAGAGUUGAAGAAGAAGCGCUAUGAGUCGGUGAAGGAGAGGGAGAUCCAGAAGGCCUCUGGGAGCGAGCAGGAGGAGGAGGCGAAGGAAAAGACACCAAAGGAGGACCAAGAAAAGAAGGAAGAUAUAACAGAGGACGUGGAGAAGCAGAGGAUGGAGGAGAGGAGGAAGAAUGAGGUGGAGCUGAUGGUGGAGAAGGAGAAGGUGGAGAAGGAGCUGAAGGAGCUGCUUAAGGAGCAGGAGAGCAAGACCAAGCCAGAGCAGGAGAGGGAGAGGAAGGAGAAGCAGGAGGAGCUGGACGAGCUCGUCAGGAAGAUGAAGCGGGUGCAGGAGGAGGAGGAGGAGCAGGAGGCGCAGGGGCAGAAAACCGAGGAUGGCGCCGAUCAAAAGCCGGCGGAGGAGAAGGAGAAGAGCCAGAAGAAGCAGGGCGACGGAGAGAAGGGGUCCGACGAGAAAGCGGAGAAUGACGUCAAAGCGAAGGAGGAGGCGGUGGAGGUGAAGGAGCCGCAGCAGAAGAGAGUGAUGGAGAAAGCCAGCGACGAGGCCACGCGGCAGUUCGAGCGGGAGAGGUACAAGGACGCGGAGGAAGAGGAGGAGGAGGAGGUGGAUGACAACGGGGAGGAUGAGGACGAUGAGGACGACUAUGUCAGAGAGGAUGAGGAAGGGCCGGAGGAGGAAGAUGAUGAUGGAGGGGAUGCAGAAGAGGAUGAAGGAGAGGAGCUACUGGAGAUUGAAGCAGAGCUGCGCAAAGUCGCUGCAGAGCUUAGGGAGCUUCGCAGAGGAUAAGACACACAUUAACACUCUCACACACACACACACACAUACACACACACACACACACACACACACACAAACUGACAAAACCCUUUGUUGCAUUCACGUUCACACACUCACGUUUUCCAUUAACAGCCUUCGAAUCCUGUCAGAGAAAUGUCUUCUGAUGUAAACGGACACCAGUAGAAAACUGUACAUACACUGGUUUCAUUUUUGGUGUUUAGUUUGCCUGAAAUGUGCUGUCACACUUUCCUCCGUGCUUGUUUUAGUGUAAGAGGAAAAAUAGACGCAUUUUCUAUGUUUUCGUGUCCCGUUCAUGUCCCUGUCGCUGUACCUGUAAAUGCUGUUUGUAAGGUAGACAGGUGACUUUGGUUCAGUUGUAAACCGCCAUAGAUGCAAAGCAUUCAGCACUUUUAUUCAAAUGUUAUUUCUGACUGGAGAUUGCCAACCACACAUACACCCUCAUCUUUGAAAUCAUGAGUCAUGAACACUGGCGACCAGUGCUUCUUGCCUCUGAAGGUGUCAUGCUUGAUGGUGUGUUCUUGGUGGGAAAACAGAUUCCCUACUAUAAUUAAUAUGUGUAUUUCAGUAUAUAAUAUAUAUUUUGUGCAAUAAUUGAUAACCGUGUGUACAAUGUUCCUGCUGUUCUGACUGUUAACAAUAUGUAUUACUGAUGUUUCUACACAGGAGUAAGUCAUUAUUUCUAGUAGUAAUGAGGAUUGCGUUUCAUUUGGCUCAUGCACUGUUAAAACCAGACUGUUUGAGGCGAACCGGGGUGACACGAGCAAAACACGGGAGGUCGACGAUCACUGUUGAAAAUGCUGCAUACCAAUACGUAUGUCAGAUGUUAAGUUUGUCUCGGGUCAGUGUGUGGAAACAGGACGUGAUGUACUUAGAGCUUACAAGGUCUAAAAGUGUCACUUCAGGUUCUCAGCCAGCUUUGCACUCUUAUCUUAUCAAGCCAAGGAGGAGUUGAGGGAAGAGGGAGACACUAAAGCCAUUUGUUGUCUUUUUGGUAACACUGACAAUAGCAUUGAUAACCGCUCAGUAGUGUUACAUCACAUUUGUCACGGCUGUGGCUCUCAUGUCAUCCGUGUAAAUAUCAGAUAUCACAGUCUCCAAGCCAAGGUCAUAGGAAAUAUGAAGCAACAGCGCUCCCAAGAGGACACUGGGUAAACAUGCACAUGGUGCAGGAUUAACAGGGUUACCACUGGAGGCCAAUUUACUGCAAUAACACAAUAUAGACUACAGCACAUGUGAAUGCAAUAAUUAGCCAAGUAAUCAAUUAUUACAUGUAUUUUAAUAUGUAAUCAAAGUGCAUCAUAUAUUACUCAUAUAGCAAAUAUAAAUCUCUUUUUCUACACAGCCAAGAUUUAUAAUCUCAUUUGAACAAAGGCGAAAGCAGCCGGUCAACUUGUGUAAACACAUGGUAAUAACACACGUAAUCAGUUAAGACUGAUUAGUUCCUUACUGUCUAUUCCAAAGAUGAGAUGUUUGUUCACUUCAAUGAAAAAUGAAUGUACUGUAGUUUUCUUUUUUCUAUAGCAGUGCAAAAUGUUUCCACAAAAUGUAUCUGACAAACCAGCAAGAAGGAUGUAGGAA